AUGGGAGAUGGAAGUGUAGAGGGAGGCUACAUCAAUGGUAACAAGAAGGAGUUGUUGAAAAAGAGGGAUGGGCUUGCGUGCGCAGGACUGGUCACCUCUCGAGGCCACGUCCAGGUCCACUCCACUGAGACAAAUACGUCUGUUCCUUUACCACUUCAGCCUUUGCUUUUUUCUCAUUCCAGGAGUGAUCGCGGCUUCCAGGAUGCAGUGCACAUCACAGCGAUCCUCGGCGAGUCAGUGGUGUUCAACUGCCCCGUCGAGUUCCCGGCCGACCACGCCGUGCCCUAUGUGUUGCAGUGGGAGAAGAAGGGCGUCGAGAUUCCGAUCUACAUCUGGUACGACAGCUACCCGACGCACUCGGGCGAGGGCUACGAGGGCCGAGUGUCGCGCGUCGCACCCGACUCGCACUACGGCCUCGCCUCGCUCAACCUCACUAACAUUCGCGAGACUGACCAGGGCUGGUACGAGUGCAAGGUCGUCUUCCUCAACCGGUCGCCCAACUCACACAAGAAUGGCACCUGGUUCCAUCUCGACGUUCAUGCGCCACCAAGAUUCAGUGUCACGCCGGAUGACAUAAUCUAUGUGAAUCUCGGGGAUGCGAUCAUCCUCAACUGCCAAGCGGAAGGCACACCUAAGCCAGAAAUACUCUGGUACAAAGAUGCCAAUCCUGUAGAACCUUCCGGUACCAUCGGCAUAUUCAACGAUGGUACCGAAUUGAGAAUCUCUAAUAUAAGACAUGAAGACAUAGGCGAUUACACGUGCAUCGCCCGCAACGGGGAGGGUCAGAUCAGCCACACGGCUCGAGUCAUCAUAGCCGGUGGGGCGGUGAUAAUGGUGCCGCCGACCAACCAGACGAAGCUAGAGGGUGAGAAGGUGCAGUUCUCGUGCGAGGCGAAGGCUCUGCCCGGCAACGUGACGGUGCGCUGGACGCGAGAGAGCACACCCGUCAAGGAGGUGGCCGCCCUGGAGACACGCGUCACCAUCCGUCGUGACGGGUCACUGGUCAUCAACCCGGUCAGUGCCGACGACUCCGGCCUCUACCAGUGCGAGGUCUCCAACGGCAUCGGCGAUCCCCAGUCGGCCAGCGCUCAUCUCAGUGUCGAGUAUCCAGCGAAAGUGACGUUUACUCCGACAGUGCAAUACUUGCCUUUCAGGCUGGCUGGAGUCGUCCAGUGUUACAUCAAAGCAAACCCACCUCUGCAGUACGUCACCUGGACUAAAGACAAGCGCCUACUCGAGCCCUACCAAACCAAGGACAUUGUCAUCAUGAACAAUGGAUCGCUACUGUUCACUAGGGUAAACCAAAAUCACCAAGGCAGGUACACAUGCACUCCUUACAAUGCUCAGGGCACACAAGGCUCAUCGGGCCAGAUGGAGGUGUUGGUUCGGAAGCCACCUGUUUUCACGCUAGAGCCAGACCCGUUAUACCAAAGAAAAGUGGGCGAGUCUGUGGAGAUGCACUGCGACGCUCAAGAGGCCGAAGGAACUCAGAAGCCCAACAUCCAGUGGCAGAGGAGAGACGGGCAGCCGAUGCAGCGUAACCGCGUUCGAAUUGUGGGCGGCAACAUCACAAUCGAGAGCCUGCGACGCACAGACUUUGGCUUCUACCAGUGUGUGGCCAGCAACGAGGUGGCCACCAUAGUGACUGCCACCCAGCUGGUGGUCGAAGGCACUCAGCCGCAUGCGCCCUACAACCUCUCCGCCAAUGCCAGCGAGUUCGCCGUCACCCUCACCUGGCUGCCUGGCUACAGUGGCGGUCCUGACUACAAGCAGGACUACACCAUAUGGUAUCGGGAAGCGGGCAAGUCGGACUGGCUGACGAUUCCGGUGACUCCACCCGGCAGCACAAUGGUCACCAUCAACCGACUGUCUCCCGGGACAACCUUCGAGUUCCAGGUCAUCGGCAAGAACGCCCUUGGCGACGGCAUGCUCAGCAAGGUCAUCACUGUGCGCACUCUAGACCACGGUAUCAGGGUGAAUGUAGCACCGACGGUGAAAGAGAGCGACAACCCGUUCAAUCCCCCCGAGGAUGUUCUUGAUAAUACUGUUAUUCUUUUUCCUACCGAUUCGUCGGGAGCUACUCUUGUGCCCCCAAUUUUUAGACCAACAGGGCCGAAACCAGGUCAGCCUCGAAACCUGACGGUGACUGAGAUCAGCAACGGAUUCAUGAUCACGUGGCAGGCUCCCUUGGAGCGCUUCCACCUCGUCCAGUACUACACCAUCAAGUAUCGAACCGACGGAAACUGGAAGACUCUCAACAAGGGACAGAUACGCUCUGAAGAAACCUCUUAUCUAGUUAAGAACCUGGUAGGCGGACGCACCUACCACUUCCGGGUGCUGGCGAAUUCGGUGCGGAGCUACGAGUCGAGCGACGAGGUGAAGUUCUCGGUGCCGGCACGCGUCAAGCACAAGGCGAUCACGGCCGGCGUCGUCGGAGGCAUCCUCUUCUUCAUCGUCGCUAUCAUCCUCUCCGUCUGUGCCGUCAAAAUAUGUAACAAGCGCAAGCGCCGGAAACAGGAAAAAGCGUACAAUAUGGUGGCGUGUCGAAUCACAGACUCGCGUAACGGUGGACAGCCGCCGGCCAGUGUCAGCCAAGUGCCUUUGAAGAAACUUGGACAAGGCCGAGUACCAGGUGUGAGGGGCCUACUGCGGGGCGUUGUGAAGCAGCUGGUGCGCCCGGGGGGUGGAGGGGGUUCGUCCUCGGAUGGCAGCGGUCGCAGUCGGCAGCUGGGGCGCAUCUCGCGUGCGCCCGACGGUCGCUUCGUGGUCGCUAGCGACUCCAGCAGCUGCAGCAGCAGCGACGAUGGAGGGUUCCUUGCGUUGAGGAGCAGAACAUCGUGGAGGAGACCGCUCGUCCGUCGGCCCAGCGAACAGUUCAGUUUGCGGUCGAGCUUCUCGAGCGGCGCGCCUUGGCGGACCCCCGUCAUAGCCACCGUCUACACCCCGCAGCCCAAGACACCCUUCCAAGCCAGCUCCCCUGCAUCACCCAAUUUCUUUUGGACACCACUCUCCAACCUCUUCUCCCCCGCCUACUUCUCCGACAUCAGUUCUGUGCCUCAAGUGAGUUCAGCCGAAAGAACUAUCAAAAGUGUACACGAGAGAUAUAGUCAGGAGUUGCCGUCGUUAAGAGCCAUCCACGAGGAGAACGAACGUGUGCUGGGUGGCUCACCUAGACGGAGGUCACGUUUGCCUCCCAGACACGCUAGGCAUGCGCGGUCCGCGCCCGAGUUGAACCAACUUACUCAGGAAACAUCCCCAGAGAGUCGUUCAAGUAGUAGUGGGUUUGGCUCGAAAAACACUUCCCAACGAACUGGUUCCAGCGGGGAAUGGAGGUAUCUACCACCCUACCGACCACCCCCUCCUCCUCCCCCUACAAUCAUCCCCCCUUGGGCGAAUCACCACGAACUAACCCUCACCUCCCUCCCCUCGCCCACGCACUCGGAUCUCAGUCACAACAAGCCGCUGAGUGUUGACGACCACUAUGAGUUCGACGCCGUUUUCCCGCUCUCACCAACGCCGACUGAGAUGAUGAUGAUGAGCAGGGGUCCGGCCACCCUCACUCCCACCCACCACCGCCUCUAUCACCACUCCAAGUAUGACAACAUAGAGGCGCGCGUCCAGGCCAUGAAGGAGGAGUUCCAUGCGUUCCGGCAGCGACAGGCCGCCCGGCGACGGCAGACUGCCCAACUAGAAAGUGCUUGCUAACUGGUCGAUCUCCUUUGUUCGUUUACUGUGUUAUUUUAGUGUCGCUCCAACUGCAACAUAAAUCUCACAAGCUCAAUUCAAUUAUAGCUAAUGAAUGAGUACCGAAUCAUUUUUAAUAAAUUAUGUCCAGUGAAUGCGACAGAUAUGAGUCUAUAAUUGCGCUUCACAAUAGCUCAUUAUAGAUGGAAUUAAAUAGAGAAUGAAUUUAUUCAAAUGCUAAGUAAUAUAUAAUUUUUAUUUAACGAAAAUCCUAAAUAAAUGCUGCAAAUCACCCCGAAGACCUCUGCUACUGCAGACAUUGACAACAUUGCUAUCAGCUAGAUGGAAAUUCGAUGAGAACUAUCCAAAAAUUAGUUGCCAGCCCGGGAAUCGAAUUAGUAGUUCUCAUCGAAUUUCCAUCUAGCUGUUAGCCCUGUUGUCAAUGUCUGCAGUAGCAGAGGUCUUGGGGGUGAUUUGCAGCAUUUAUUCAGGCUUUUCGUUAAAUAAUAAUUAUAGCUCAUUAAAUUUUUUCUUUCAAGAACUAACUAACUUCAUCAUUAACUAAGUAAAACUCAAUAUGUGUGAAUAAAUAGUAUUCUUAUUAGAAUAAACUUGAAGGAAUGUUUUGUCUCUCAACAAACAAAUGUUUUGUCUCUCAACAUAAUCUCGAUAACAAAAUUUAAUAAAAAUAGAAAAGAUAAUCAAUAGUGUAGACGAAAUUGAAUCAAUAAUCAAGCUCAUUCCAGAUAAGAGGAUAUAUUUCAAUAUAUCUGUAAUUGCAAUUCAAUCAAUAAUCAAAUUGAUACCAGAUAAUAAGAGAAUAUAAUAUAUUGUAUGUAUAAUAAUUGCAAUCAAUACGUCUUUAAGACUCAUAGAGAGAGUCUGAAACAAGUCCAGUCACACUAUUUUACAAUAUUGCAAAUAACACACAUAAAUGAAAUUGUAACACUUCGAAAACAGUAUGAAAUGGAAUAUUAUACUUCGCUAUACACUGAUAGUGUUCCAUCCACACUUUUUAGUCAAAUCACAUAAUUUCACAUUUUUCAAAAUAGAAUUACUGAAGCUAUUUAAAUCAAAUUGUAUUAAACUUGAGCUUGUGCUGAUUUCGUUUCAGUUUGAUCGGCUGUUGCGUAGAACGUUUAUAAUAAUUGAGAUUCGAAAAAGUCUGAUGUUAUAUAUAAUUAUAUAUUUAAUUUUAAUUUUAUUUAAACAGUUCCUCAACAGUAUGCAUGUGUGUGUGCUCUUGUAAAUAUGUUGGGCAAUUUUACUCUACUAUAUUAAAAAAAUGUAAAUAAACAGUUCCAAUAGAUAUACUACUUGUAGCAUGUAUGUAAAAUGAUUUUUUAAAUAUCAGUGCCGAGUAAAUAAUACAAACACUUCUGUCCUUUUACUGUACGGGAGGAUAAAUUAAUUGGCCAAACAUAUAUUAUAUAUUUCAAUGCACUAAUCAAUCACUCUUCAUUCAAGAAUCAUAAUAAAUCAACAUAUUUGGUCUAAUCAAUCAUUGAACACAGUUUUAGGGCGUGCCCCAGUGGUCAAGGUUUUAAAAAUGUUAGUUAAACCGAAAUUGGAAACUUACUAAUCAGCUUAACUCAAACUAUCAACUAUCUGACAUUGGUGGUACUCGAUGAGGAAUUUGUUUCUCAAAUAACAAAGUUAAAAUUCAAAUCCUAUCAAACUUUCUCUCAUAGAAAAAUAAAACAACGCAUUUCAUCUCAUAAACUACUUCAAAUAUGAUGAAUAAUUAGAAUAGCACAAAAUUAUUGUUUCAAUGAGCAUAAUUCUCAAGGAUUAACUGUGAUACCAUUUAGGUGAUUUUACAUUUCUUAACGUUGUGAUGUCUUUUAACAUUGAUGUUUUUUAUUAUUUGCAUGUGAUGAUUCUUGCCAUUUUAUUUAUUAUUAGGUCUUAAACGUCUAAGGUAUUCAAUAAUUAGAUACGUUACGAAUUUGAUUGCAUCCCUUGGCCUAUAAGUUGCACUCCUUUAUUACAAGUCUAGGAAGGGGAUUCUAUUUAGAUGGAUAAUUAUUAUUUGUGGUUCUUUAUAUUUAAAAAUCAACGGAUCAAUGUAUUAUAAAAUGUACUGGAACUAGGUUGCCUCCUUGUGCAGUUGAGAAUUUUUACAUAUUUUUGCCUUAAUAAUAAAAAUAUUCUAAAAAAUAUAUGAAAAAAUUAUAGUAAUAUUAGAAAUAGAACCGAUUAAUGCGAAAGCUUUUCAAAAUUAAUUGAUUGAUCACUAAUCGCACAUACAUAACUCUUUUAAGGUGUUGAGAACCAAUUUUAGGCGGUGCCCAGUCAAAGUUAGGAUUUUUCGAUUGAUGAAUUUUCCAAACCAAUCCAAUUAUUUUAAAUAUUUAUGAAUAAUGUGCAUGUGCUGAAUUUGAACUGUAGGUGCUGAUAAUCAUUCUAAAGAAUAAUCGUCACUAGUUGGUCAUCAGUUAGCAAGCAAUCCUGAUUGUUUGGGUGAAAGAAGAAAAGUUGUCAUUGCUCACCUGUAUGAACUUUGUAUGUUUCAUGCCAAGGCCUACAAAAUGUUGAUAUAAUGUAUUGUGAUUGUGCUGUUCAAGUCAUCUGCCUCGAUGGUAGAGAGAAAGAGAGAGAGAGACAGUGUAUUCCAGUUCACUCGCAACUAAUGCCGUUUUCUUGGCCAGUCAAGAUGAACAGUAACAACUUAUUUAUUUAUAAAUAUAUACAAAUGAAACAAAUAUGAAUAUACUCAUAUACAUUAAUGAAACUAUUAUAUACAUGUACUAUUGCAUAAAUAACCAAUGAGUUUGAAAAGUUUAAUAAUUAUUUAUACCAAAGUAAGCAUGCAACUCGUUUCAUCUCGAAGAAUCUAUUUGUCAGGUGCAUUCCUUCGUUUUCAGAAUAUCUAGGCAGAUGAAAUAUCUCAAAAGUUUCCCUUAACAAAUGGCUUUUGUAAUUUUUACGAUGUUCUGUUUUUAUUGAUAUGGCAGCUUGCUAUGUACCUUGUUCCGGUCAAGUUGAACAGUAAUGAGAGGUGUGAUUCUAAUUAUUCUAAAAUGUAUUCUCAAAUAACAAGAUUCUACUAAGAGGAUGAGUAGCUUUUAUCGCGAAAUCUACAUUCUUGGUGCUUCUUAGAUUGUUAAAUUGAAUUCUAGCUAAGUGCAGCACGGAUCGUUGAAAAUAUGGAUUCAAGUGUCCAUGACACUUCCAAUUUCAAAUACUACUAGUACGAACUAGAAACUUAACUAGAUGGAAUAAAUUGCUUAACAAAUUUCAAUCUUAUUCCAGUAAUGGUUUAGUGAAAUGCUACUUUGAAUUGCCGUAUACUUGAAGCUUAGUAGUUUUUGAAUAGGAAAUUUACAGCUUUUGAAAGAGCGUAAACUAUUAUUAAAAAAUAGCAAAAAAUUGCUAAUUGAGUAGAAGUGGUUAAUGUUUAGGUAUGAUUAAUUAAUUAAUGGAUAAAAUGGUUUGCCAGUGCUGAUUAGAGUUUUUUGUCCAAUUUAAUUUUUCGAAGGUGCUUGUGCAAGCUUGUAAAUAUUUUUCAAAAUUGCUUAUGAAAAUAAUUUUAUAUUCCAUUACAUGUCCACGAUCCCGACAAAUUAUCACGUUGAUGUUUAUAAUGGCAUCUGAUUGUUUUUAAGGAUACCAAAUAAUGCUCAAUUAAUUCUUAAAGAUGAUUCAAUAUGAAACAUCCCAGAUACGUCUGCCUGGAUUCAAUGACUUUAUGCUAUGCAUUGAGAGUAAAUUUUACUAAUGCAGUAGUUGAGAACCGAUUUUACAUUUUCGAUUUCAGAAGGAAUGCAUUGUUCAGCAAACGUAAAAUUCUAUCAAAUUCAGCUCCGUACGUCUUGAGACUGUGUCUGAGAGCGUAGUUCGAAAUAAUAUUGUAACAUUUUAUUAGAGAAACAUUAUGGAUAAUGAUUGAUCAUUUUUUAAUGUUCAUAAUCCAUGUGAAAAUUUGUCACAACUACAGUCAAACUUGAGAAAUAAUUAUGCAGUGCGUGAGUGCGAGUGCGUGUAUUUAAUGAGUGUGCGUGUGAGUGUGGGUUGCGUGCGUGUGUGCUGCACAAGUUCGUUAGUUGCUAUUCGAGAGAUACAUACAUGUAAUAUGAAAGUGAACAGCACAACUUUUUUAUUAUAUAAAUAUACAUAUAACACUAAGUGAAUUAUUUCUGAGAGCCGAGUAUUAGUGGAAUGGCGUACAACAGACUUUGAAACUACUGUAUUACCAUUAUUUAUCGAUAACUAUGAAUAAGGGAAUUCUGACUCUAUAGAGCAUCUUCAAUUGAAUUAUUUUUUUCCAAUAAUGUAUUGUUUUAGCAAAGAGAAUGUUAGACCGUGAUAUAUAAUAUAUAAGCUGUUUGUGUAUAUAUAUUAUAUAUUGAUAUGAGUAAAAACUGUAUAUUAUUUCACUCUUAUAGAAUCUCAAAUCGUUCAAAAUUUAUUUUUUUAGAGAAAAAUUUAAAUGUGAAUUAUCAUUUCACAAUAAUAUUGUUUGUUCUUGAUUGGUCUCUUCUUUAAUAGUAGGUUGCUGCCUGAGACAACUGCAUUGAAUACUACCUUGGUUUAUUUUAAGCAUUUGCUAAAAUUAAAUAGAAAAAUCUUUUCAACAUUGUACGAUUUUUCUCAGCUUUUUAGUACACAUCAGCAGGUUUGUGAUUCAUCUGAAAUCCUUGUAUGUUGAUGAACAUGAAUAUUUUAUCCUGAUUUCAAUUUAAUCUAUCACCUUUUUGAAAAAAAAAUGAAUCAAUUUAAUUGAAAGAGGCCAAUGAAGAUGUGAUUGAUGGGUUUCGUCCUUACCAAAUCUAUGAUUAACAUUUGUUUAUACUGUAAAUUUGAAAUCGACUUUUCACAGUCAAGUUGUAUUCUCAUGGCUGGGUCCAUCACAAGAGAUUCUAAAUGUUUAUCUUAAUUGAACCUUCUUUAGAAAGUAAAUGUAAUAAUAAUGAUAAUAUUAAUAAUAAAAAUAAUGAAAUGAUAAGAAUAAUGAAUAAUAAUUAGAAGACACUGUUUUUUGUAUAGCUCUUAUUUUCUAAGUAAAAUAUUAUAUUGUUGUUGACAGAGGAAAGAUAUAUAAGAAAUCGAUAAGAACUUGGAAGUGAAAAGUAAUUUUCACUCGGCUUGAUCAGAAGGAAUGUUUGUGCAAUCCAGUUUUGUGUUAAACUUAUUUUUUUAUUUCAUUCUAAUUAGGUAUUCUCUUUUAGUCAUUUUUGAAGUACAAAGUUAUUGAAUAAUUGUUUUAGUAUUGUAAUAAUUUAUAUUUAUUAAUUGUGUUGAUUAUGAAAGCGGUUCUAUUUAUUGUAUUAUAAAUUAUAUUGUCAUUCAUGAAAUAAAUUUUAAUGGUAUGCAGUCUACAAAAGGCUUCUGAACUGUUUUGUAGUGGGACUAUGAUUCAUCUAUUCAGAACUAUUUUAUUCACUGCCUCUAUUAAUCAAAUGAUACAGCUUCACGGUAUCAUAUUUUGAAUAAACUGAACUUUGAAACCCUUUUUCAUAAUUUUGCAUAAUAGUAUUCCUGUGACAAUUUUUAUAAAGCAUCGAGUGAUUGGAAUUUUCUAAAGAGUAGAAAUUCUUUUUUAACCAUAACCAUUUCCAACCAUUUUAUUAAGUUUGAAUUGCUAUUAUUCAAUAAUAUUGAGCAAGUUGAUGUUUCUGAAAUACUAUUAGAAAGUUAUUUUAUCCUCAGAGAUUGGGAGCUGUCAUUUUGUUUAUAAACUUGGAAGAAUAAGUUAGUUAUUGGCUCUUCAUGAAUACGUCUCUUGAUAAUGUUAUUAAUGUGAUGAAAGCCACUCAAUACUAAAAACAAAUGAACAGAGUUGUUAGGGUUCAAAAAAAUGUAUUGAAUACAAAUUUUACCUUCCGUCUUAUACUGUAAUACUAGAAAUUAUCAACUCGUGCCAUUAAAUUAUUAUUUAAACUGCACGGUUUAAUUGUCAGACAUAAAUAUAUGAAGCGAUUGAUUUAAUAAUCAAGUACGACGGUGCUUUGCUGGACGUACUUCAAUGUACUACCGUACUUUACUUUCUUUAGAGCAAAAUAUUAUUGAUGGAAAUAAAUUGGAAGUUGCAAUUGUAUUUAAUAAUUAUUAUUAUUCAACAUAUUAUUUGUCUAACAUAAGUUCAUCUCAGAUAAAUAACAUGAGAAGAGUAUUUCUUGCAUAUUCUUGUGUUCUUGACUCCACUCCUAGCAGCAUCUCAUUGUUAUUCUAUUUCCUUUCUCAAAAUUAUCAAUAAUAUUUUGACCUGCUAGAAUCUAUUGAAGCUCUUUUUACGUUGUUUGUAUCAUAAUUGUGUUCUGUUCAAGUUUUAUGUAGAUAGUAGUGACUUUAAAUUGUUGGAAUUUUAAUCGAAACUAGAAGGAUUGCAAAAACAAAGCAAAUGAAAGUUUAAUUUGUGGAAAGCAUGAAAUUGUAAAAAAGCAGAAGAUAUACAGUAUAUAGAAAGUAAUGGACUGCAUAUAUUUCAAUUAUUUAAAAAAAGCAAUUUUUCUGUAGUUAAAUAAAAUGAUCUCUUAUUGUA